GGCGAGAGGCCGGGGCCUGGGCAGGCGCAUGCGCGCGGUCGUCAUGACAACUCCACCGCGGCCUUAGGGGUGAAAAGAAACAUGCGGGGCGGCGGGAAGGUGGCGGCUGGGGCCGUGGCCGGGUCUCCGCCUCCCGCCCCCACUACAACCCCUACCACGUCCCGCGCCCCGGCCAACAGUAGCGUUCCAGAAAUUAUGGGCAGUCUCCAGGAAGUUUAUUAUAAUCUGUGUAUGGAAAAGUCCAGGAAAAUUAAUUCUUUCGUAUGGCAUCUACUUCAGGAAGUGGAUGAAGAAAUUGAAAAGGGAUUGGAAGGAAUCACAUUAAACAUUGCUGGUAACAGUCGCUUAAUGCCAGUAGAAAGAAUAACAAGUGAAGAUUUUUGGAUUCUUUCCAGAAUUUUAAAGAAUAAUCCAUGUAUUAAUGGCUUGGAUGUUAGAUAUAACCUCAUAAGUGAUGUUGGUGCAUACUACGCUGCAAGACUGCUUCAGAAACAACAUAAACUCAUUUAUUUAAAUCUUAUGUUUAAUGAUAUUGGGCCCAAAGGUGGAGAACUGAUUGCUAAAGCAUUACAUACGAAUACAACUCUGAAAUACCUAAGAAUGACUGGAAACAAGAUUGAAAAUAAAGGUGGAAUGUUUUUUGCUGCAAUGCUACAAAUUAAUUCAUCCUUAGAAAAAUUAGAUCUGGGUGACUGUGAUCUGGGAAUGCAAAGUGUGACAGCAUUUGCUACAGUCCUAACUCAAAACCAAACAAUUAAAGGAAUAAACCUAAACCGACCUAUACUGUAUGGUGAACAGGAAGAGUCCACAGUUCAUCUAGGCCACAUGUUGAAAGAAAAUCACUGCCUUGUUGCACUACACAUGUGUAAGCAUAACAUGAAAAACUGUGGUAUAAAACAGCUAUGUGAUGCACUGUAUCUGAACAGAAGCCUACGCUACCUUGAUGUCAGCUGCAACAAAAUAAGUCGUGAUGGAAUGGUGUAUUUGGCUGACGUACUGAAAAGCAAUACUACCCUGGAAGUAAUAGAUCUUUCUUUUAACAGAAUAGAAAAUGCAGGAGCAAAGUAUCUCAGUGAAACUCUUGCUUCACACAACAGGAGUCUUAAAGCGUUGUCAGUAGUCAGCAACAACAUAGAGGGAGAAGGACUUGUUGCACUUUCACAGUCCAUGAAAACAAACCCCACACUCUCGAAUGUCUACAUUUGGGGAAACAAAUUUGAUGAGGCUACAUGUGUGGCAUAUUCAGACUUAAUUCAAAUGGGCCGUCUAAAACCAGACAAUACAGAUGUGGAGCCAUUUGUGGUGGAUGGACAUGUGUAUCUUGCAGAAGUCUCCAACGGCCUUAAAAAGCAUUAUUACUGGACACCAACUUACAGAGAAGCUUGCAGUCACUCAUCUAAUGCAGGUUCUAUUCUUGUACCAGUAGGUCCAGAUCUAUGAAAAACAAGCUCUACAAUAAUUUUCACAUACUUGCCUUAUGUUAGUAGUUUAUGGCCUACAUUCUUCAUUCAUAAAUUACUUCUUGAAUGUUAACUUUUUGAAAUGUGUAAAAGAUAGGACUAUAUUAAACUUUAGCUGUCCAUUGUGGAAAAACUGAGUGAUAAAAUUUUUUAGAAAAAAUUGUAUAGGAAAAC